AAAUAAACCGCCAUCAAAAGACGCUAAAAUUUUAAUUCAAAAAUAUUUUUUUCCAAAAGAAUUUGUUUCAUUUCAUUAAAUAAAUUAAUUAAAAAAGAACUUAUUGAAAAAUAAUGGUUGCUGAAAUUGAAAUUGAAGGUGCUGAAAAACUUUUCAUAUUCGAAAAACAUCGUUUGGAGAGUUUCAAAUCGUGGCCAUUUGCCGAUGAUCAAGCAUGUAGUAUCAAAAAUAUGGCAGAAGCAGGAUUCUAUUGGUGUGGCAAUGAGCGAGAAACUGAUACAGCCGCUUGUUUUGUCUGUGAUAAGAUUCUUGAUGGUUGGGAGGCAACAGAUGAUCCGUGGAAGGAACACGCCAAACAUGCUCCUCAAUGCAUGUUUGUUAAAUAUCGAAAACCAGAAAAAGAUUUUACAGUUGAAGAAUUUUUAGAUCUCUUUGGCAAUGUCAUCAAAGGACAUCUCAACAAAAUUGGAAUGUCUCUAAAGAAACGUAUUCGGCAGACCUAUGAAAAACAUAUGAAUAAGUUUUUAAGUUCUUGUACUUAGUUUUAAGUAAGUUAAAUUAAUAAAUCAUCAUCUUCAUUAAAUUUUAUAUGUAUUUAAAUUUGAA